UUUGCUAAACAGCGUAGAAGUAUUGAGCUGCGCCACAAGCUGUGCCAAGCAAUUGCAAAAUAUUUUUUUAAUUAAAUUAAAUUUACAAAAAAGUUAGUGCCUAUAUAAAUCAUACAAAAUGGCGGAACACACAUGGGUUUCCACAAGCAUUUACAGCGAUUUGCCACCCUUCGCCAUUCAUGCCGGCCACGACUCGGACGGUGAUCCAAUCUAUGUUGGCCGUGCCUACCACAAUGGUGAUAUAUUACCUGCAAAAAUCGUUCCCAACAAGAAACAAGCCUACGUCGCGUGGGGUGGUGAGGAGAUCAACAAGCAAGACAUCGAAGUGUUGACCGGUCAUCAUUACAGCUGGAUACCAGCCAGCGGUGGUGAAGUGCCACCACAUGCUUUGCGUGUUGGCCAAACCGGCGAUGGUGAGCCGCUUUUCAUUGGACGCGGCCAUUGGCAAGGCAGUUUGACACCCGGCAAAAUCCACCCAUCGCAUGGCUGCCUCUACAUUCCGUAUGGUGGACAUGAACAGCGGCUCGAUAGCUAUGAGGUGCUCGUACAACCUGAAACCUGGGUCAACUCAUCGGGUAGCAAUCUAGUGCCUGGCACUAUUCACGCCGGUCAUGAUGCUGAUGGUGAUGCCAUUUACGUGGGACGCGCCUACCAUGAAGGUGAUCUGCUGCCCGCCAAGGUUAUUCCGAAUAAGAAUUGCGCUUAUGUACCAUUCGGUGGUCGUGAGGUAGUAAAGCAUGAUUUUGAGCUUUUAGCCGGUUACGGUUACGGUUGGGUACCCGAUGCAAAUGGCGGUGUGCCACCAGGCGCUGUUGUCUGUGGCCGCACCAGCGACGGUGAGCCUUUGUAUAUUGGCCGUGGUCACUAUGGUGGCAGUCUGACACCCGGUAAGAUUCAUCAAUCGCAUGGCUGUUUGUACAUUCCGUUUGGUGGACAGGAAGUAAGAGUGCAAAACUACGAAGUUUUGGUGCGCGUUUAAAGGACAAAGUACCGCAUAAUGGCUUAUGACAACGAGAUGAGCUUUCAACUCAGCCACUCCGGAGCAACGUAGAAUAAUGGAAUACAUUCAUAAAACAUUUGUAAACACAUAUGUAUGUUUACGUGCACAUGUAAAUUGCCCUUUUUCAACUUUUUAAUACAUUCUUGUUUUAUACAAAUGUUUUUUUUCUUACAACUACAUACAUACCUUCAUUGAUGUAAAUGUAUAAACAUUUUACCUUGGUCUUCCAGAUUUUUGUUCUGUAUCGUGAACAUACAUACAUUUUAUAACUCAAAUACAUAGAUGUUUGGUAAAAUUCGAGCCAUGUAUUGUGUCACAUAAAUUAAUAAAAAAAUUUUACAUCAAA